AUAUUCAGAACAAAACAAAAAGAAUGAUUAAUCAAUUAACAAAGAACGAGUUAAUCGGAUUAUUUACAUCGAUUGCCGUCCUCAUAUACGUUACAUGUCUCUUCUACACCAAACGAUGUCGUACGAGACUACCUCCGGGACCAAAUCCAUGGCCGGUGAUUGGAAACAUUUUCCAGCUCGCUGGUUUACCGCCACACGACUCAUUGACUAAACUUUCACGGCGUCACGGGCCAAUCAUGACUUUACGGAUCGGGUCGAUGCUGACGGUUGUGAUCUCUUCGAGUGAAGUGGCUCGGGAGAUCUUCAAGAAGCAUGACGCAGCUUUGGCUGGCCGGAAGAUUUACGAGGCGAUGAAAGGAGGGAAGAGUAGUGACGGCUCGCUCAUCACGGCUCAGUAUGGUGCGUAUUGGCGGAUGCUGCGGAGGCUUUGCACCACUCAGUUCUUUGUCACGCGCCGUCUUGAUGCUAUGAGUGAUGUACGCUCUAGGUGUGUUGAUCAGAUGCUUCGGUUUGUCGAGGAAGGUGGCCAAAACGGUAUGUAUUAUACUAUCAACAACAUUAUGACAUGCAUUAUAUGUACAAAAACAAUCGAUGUGGGGAGAUAUUUCUUCUUGAUGGCAUUUAAUCUCAUAGGAAACCUCAUGUUCUCGAGAGAUUUGCUUGAUCCUGAUUCAAAAAGAGGAUCCGAAUUCUUUUACCACACCGGGAAAGUGAUGGAGUUCGCCGGAAAACCAAACGUUGCCGAUUUCUUCCCGUUGCUAAGGUUUCUUGACCCUCAAGGAAUCAGGAGAAAAACGCAAUUCCACGUGGAAAAAGCGUUUGAGAUCGCCGGAGAGUUCAUCAGAGAACGAACGGAGGUUAGGGAGAGAGAAAAGAGCGACGAGAAGACGAAAGAUUACUUAGAUGUUCUUUUGGAGUUUCGUGGUGGCGAUGGAGUCGACGAAGAACCUUCUAGCUUCUCAUCAAGAGAUAUCAACGUUAUUGUUUUCGAAAUGUUUACGGCUGGAACGGAUACGACAACGAGCACGUUGGAGUGGGCACUAGCGGAGCUUCUACACAACCCAAGAACACUGACCAAACUCCAAACCGAACUCCGGACCUACUUCAAGUCCUCGAACCAAAAGCUCCAAGAAGAAGACCUACCAAACCUUCCCUAUCUCUCAGCUGUUAUCAUGGAAACCUUAAGGCUACACCCACCUCUGCCUUUCCUCGUCCCACACAAAGCCAUGUCAACUUGUCACAUCUUCGAUCAAUACACUAUCCCCAAGGAAACACAAGUCUUGGUCAAUGUAUGGGCCAUCGGACGCGAUCCUAAAACAUGGAUCGACCCGAUAAUGUUCAAACCCGAGAGAUUUAUAUCCGACCCUGACGCCCGAGACUUCAAGGGACAAGAUUACGAGUUCUUGCCGUUCGGGUCGGGUCGAAGGAUGUGUCCAGCUUUGCCUUUGGCAUCACGGGUUUUGCCGUUGGCCAUUGGGUCAAUGGUGAGAUCGUUUGAUUGGGCUUUAGAAAAUGGGCUUAAUGCAGAAGAAAUGGAUAUGGGAGAAAGGAUUGGUAUAACAUUGAAAAAAGCUGUUCCUUUGGAAGCCAUUCCAAUUCCUUAUCGAGGGACUUAAUUUCUUUUCUUCUUUUCUCUUUGUUUUCUUUACAUGCAUGUGUACAGUGUACUUGAACACUUCAAAUCAUCAAAGCAAUCCGAUAUUUGUACCC